AUGUACCGCAAUUCAAAGGGAUUGCGGUGGAAUUCCGCAACAGAGAUAGCCGACAGGACGCUGCAGCUUGCGAGCAACAGCGCAGUGGAUCGAAACCUUCUGACAGCAGAUGAGGGCGAAACUCUCACCGGAGGUGCAGUCAUUGAUGUCCAGAUCCUGCAGACCGAGUUGAGCUGUUCAGUGGAGGAUUCAAUGCUAUGCCAUCGGUUUGCCGAAAUCAUGAAGUACACAUCCAUACUCAGGACACCACUGGAGAGCUUAAUGAGCUACGUAUAA